AUGGGCGGCAACGGUGCUCUUCACACAAAUCCUUUCAUUGUCAAUGGCAGGACUGUAGAUAUCCACAUCACGACGCGGGGAUCAGACUGGUAUUGGGCAGUCAUGUCGGUCAUGGGUACUACUAUGCUAGCCAUACUGGCUAUCAGUUUCCUCAAGCCAGCCAGCAAUCGACUGUUCUACUACAUUCUCUCCCUGGUCGCCUUUGUGGCAAUGGUCGAACACUAUAGCAUGGCUUCGAACCUGGGUUGGGUCCCAAUUGAUGUCGAGUGGCGAAGAAGCAGUCAUCUUGUUUCUGGCGUCAACCGUCAGAUCUGGUGGGUUCGUUACUGCGGCUGGUUUCUGAUCUGGCCGCUGCUAUCUGCCAUUGUCCUUCUUGCCUCGGUUGUCCCCGGGAUCCAGGUCUUUUGGACUUGUUUUCUCAGCUGCUCUAUGGCGAUACUAGCUGUCGUUGGCGCAGUUGUUCGGACAGACUACAAAUGGGGCUACUAUGGUUUCUGGAUUUGGUGCUGGCUUCUUAUCGGAUACCAACUAAUCUGGCUUCCAAGAAAGUUCGCUCUGGCUCUGGGGAAAGACGUCGCGUUUGCCCACAACAUCACCGCCGGCUGGGUUUGGAUGCUCUGGAUGCUCUACCCAAUCUGCUGGGGUGUAUCCGAGGGCGGAAACGUUAUUCCACCCGACUCUGAAUUCAUCUUCUACGGCAUUCUGGACUGUUGCUUAAUACCGAUCACGAGCGCCUUCUUCCUCUUCAGCCACUGGACCAUCGACCCUGCACGCCUAGGCUUGAAGAUGAGAACCUACGACGACCCGCUCAAUAUCCACAGCACAUCCAACCAGGAGAAGAUGGCCCCGCGGGGUCAAACCGAGGGGAUCACGGAAGCCGGCGAUGCUAGUCAACGUGCUCCUGUCACCGAGGGCGAAGUGCCCGCAACCACUGCAUAG